GAGAAAAGAAAAUCAGAAGCAAAGCAGCCUCAUUUAUAGAGAUAGAAAAGAUUGGACGGAGAAGGAAAAGAUACACCCACAUAGACGGACGCGAUUCGACCCUCCCGCAACCACAAUUCGAGGCCCAGGAAUGAUGGGCAAGUGUUCAUCCACAAGAAUUUUUCUGUCUGUGUACUGCUGCUGAUUCAUUCAUGUAUCUAUUUAUGUUUCUUUCAGAACGGAGUUUCGCGAAGGUUUUGGUUGAGAUUCGACAUAUGCUACUCUACAACUUCGGCUAUUCCGCCUAACAACUUUGUGAUUUUGAUUUUUCAUUUGUAUGUGGAGAUCCAUUUCAUUACCUGUUCAAAAUCCUUAAAGGAAAACAGAAAGGAAUGUACUUGUCAGGAAAAGGGGCUUCGUCCGGUGACAAAAACCUUGGUACCUUGAAAAAGGCGGCCUUGAAUCCCAAUGCCACAGAAUUUGUUCCAUUUGCUCUGAGGUCACCUGUGGCAGGCAUCAGCAGUGCCGAGGAAUCCUCCAAAACUUCUACUUCAGGGAAAGCUAUACUAGAUGUAUCAGAGUCAUCGGUUUCACAUAAUUCCGAUGAUGAAGCACAGCAGUAUUGGAGCCAUCAGCUUCCGGAUGAUAUUACUCCGGACUUUAAGGCCAUGGGCCUAGAUGACAAUCAUGGGAUCAACAGCUUAUCACUUUCAAGCUUGUCCUUGAAUGAUAUAAAUGAAGGUUCGAGAUAUGCUACUUCAACUGGUACUGGCUUUAUGUCCAAGGAGCUGCAAGGGUUAUCACCUCACCCUGUUAGUGACAGCAUGUUUACUGGAAAGCUGGGGUCGCCUUUGUCGUCCUAUGGUGAAUAUCCAUCACCUACAAGUUUUCAUCCUUCAUUUGCUGCCAAACCUUGGGACCAACCCGUUAUCACUGAUCAGCUUUUAACAAGAGGAGGACCCGACUCUGAAAAUCCAAGGCAUUCAAUGCUGGAUAACAUGUCAAAUGAGCAAUUACUGGUGGACAAUACAGAUUUUGGCCCUCUUGAAUUUUUGGCUUCACAAUUUCCUGGUUUUGCAGCUGAAAGCCUGGCGGAGGUGUACUUUGCCAAUGCCGGCAAUCUGAACCUAACAAUAGAAGUGCUUACACAACUUGAGCUUCAGGUUGAUGGCGGCCUAAAUCAAACUAUGAAUGCAAAAACCAUGUCUUCUCCAAGUCUCACCGCAAUGGAUUUUCCUGCCCUUUCUAUGAGGGAGGGUCAGAAUGAUUUGGCAAAAUUUGCUAGUGAUGGUCUUCAUCAAAAUGGUAGUCCUUGUCAGUCUUCUGAAAAGCAAGGCACGUUGUUAUUCAGAUCCAACUCCUUCAUUCCAUCAAGAGGUGCUACAGACUUUGCUUCAGCUGUGAGAAAAAUGCCAUCUCAAGAUUCUGGCAUCUGGAGGUACGACCGAAAUGGUUCUCCAAAGUCAAGCAUUGGAUCAAGUAGAAACUCCCAAGCCCUUGCCAGCUCAUAUAAUACUGGCCAAGGCAGAGGCCUGUAUAGCGAUAGGCUGCGUGGACGAGAAUCUGCUCAUGCAUCAUCUAUCUGGCUCGAAACUGGAGAAGCAGUUGCAAAUAUGUACUCUGACAUGCGUGAGGAAGCUCGUGGUCAUGCUAGGAUACGGAAUGCAUACUUUGAACAGGCUCGACAGGCAUAUCUCAUUGGUAACAAGGCUUUAGCCAAGGAGUUGAGCAUCAAAGGACAGCUGCACAACAUGCAAAUGAAAGCAGCUCAUGAGAAGGCACAAGAAGCUAUUUAUCGUCAGAGGAACUCCGACAUCCAGACAAACGCAAGGGAAAGAAUGAUAGAUCUCCACGGCCUUCACGUGAGCGAAGCUAUUCAUGUUCUCAAGCGCGAGCUGGCUGUAAUGAGGAAUGCCGCCAGGUCCAUGGAUCAACGCUUGCUCGUCUACAUCUGUGUCGGGACAGGUCACCACACAAGGGGUUCGCGCACUCCUGCCAGGCUCCCCAUUGCCGUCCAGCGGUACCUGCUAGAGGAAGGACUCGACUUCUCUGAGCCGCAGCCAGGGCUCCUCCGAGUCAUCAUAUACUGAAAACCAAUCAAUCAGGAAGGCCUAGGUGAUUUUGAUUUUGACACAAUGCGUCAUUAAUCAGUCAGGUAAAUCAAUCAUCCCUUCUCCGGGAAACCGGCAGAAACCUGUUGUAUCUGUAAAUCGGGGGAAGCCAAAAACAAAAACAAAAACAAAAAACGGGGUAGGAUAAAGCUGUGCAGAAGGGAAAAGUAGAACAUAAAUAAUGCAAGGAUAUGUUAAAGAAAGGGAAUAGCCUUAGGCAGAUGUGUGUUACCAUUGCUGCGGAUGGAUGGCCGUCGCUGUCGCUGUCGCUGUCGUCGUCGUUGUCGAAAUGAAGUUCUGGGGAUAUUAUUUUUGUAGCGCCUCUCGUUUUGUAAUUUUAACAUACACCAUUGUGUUCUUUCUUUGGCUACGACUUUCUCUACGUUGCUUAUUUUCUUGAGGUUAAAUUAUGCAGAUGUAAUUGGUUUACACUUGUUGAAUUUCACUUGUUCAAUCAAUUUUUUCAUCUUAGUUCCAUAA